AUGCCAGCCCGGCUGCCUCACGGGGAGGCAGAGACACAUGGCCAUGGCGCUAGCAUCCUGUUGGGUUUUUAGACGGGUUCCAUGUGUGACACCUAUGUACUCCUCCCUCGGAACACAGUAGAAAGGUGCCCCGGUUCUGACUCUUCUGAAUAACCACACACCGGAAGCCAGCGCGACAGAAGGCAAGGCCACAAAAAAGAGGAUCGAAGCCAGCCAGCAGCAGGUGACGUCUAG